GGGCGUUUCCGAAAGUUCCCCGGAUGAAGUUGUGAUUGAUUGUACACGGCUAAAAAGUUGAGCUCUAGUCGAGAGGUGGGCUUUAUUGGCAUGGGAAACAUGUGUUAACAUUGCCAAAGCAAGUGAGGUUCUGCAGCCCGUGUGUUCUUAGGAAGGCAGAAUGCAGACCAUGAAGUGUGUAGUGGUGGGGGACGGUGCUGUGGGUAAAACAUGCCUCCUCAUCUCCUACACCACCAAUGCUUUCCCAGAGGAGUACAUCCCCACCGUGUUUGACAACUACAGCGCCCAGAUGACGGUAGAUGGUCGCAGCAUCAGCCUCAACCUGUGGGACACAGCCGGACAAGAGGAGUAUGACCGCCUCCGUACUCUGUCCUACCCCCAAUCCAACGUCUUCGUCAUCUGUUUCUCCAUCGGGAGUCCUUCCUCCCACGCCAACGUCCGCCACAAGUGGCACCCGGAGGUGUCUCACCACUGCCCCAGCGUGCCCAUCCUCCUAGUGGGGACCAAGAGGGACCUGAGGAGUGAUGGGGAGACGGUGAAGAAGCUGAAGGAGCAGGGUUUAGCUCCCACCACACAGCAGCAGGGGAACAGCAUGGCUAAGCAGAUAGGAGCGGUGAAGUACAUGGAGUGUUCUGCUCUGACGCAGGAAGGGGUCAGGGAAGUGUUCAGCGAGGCAGUACGGGCCGUGUUGUAUCCCCUUACCAAAAAGAAUGCCAAGAAGUGUGUACUGUUGUAGUGAAAUGGGUUGGUGACUGGGACUUCGGAAGGAGGGGACUAAGGGAGGGACAACGGAUGGAGAGAGUGAGGAGAAAAGACUGGAGAGAGACUAUGACGGGGAGCAAGUUUGAGUUUGUUGGAGGAGAUGGACUCAGGCCCCUCUGCCUCUCAGGCCCCUCUGCCUGUAAAGACUCUUGAUUCAGCUCACUUCUCUCCUUCCUCCAGUACCCCUCAAAAUCAAAUCAGGACCUCAAAGCCAGUUCCACUGCAUUCAUUUAGUUCCUUCUUACUCUCUAAUCAGGGAAAAGCUUUAGACCUGGGACACCAGGUGGGAGCAAUUCAUAAUCAGGCAGAACUGAAAACCAGUUGUAGUCUGGACCUCGUAGGGUCAGAGUUGAAUACCCUGGCUCUAUUAUUUUCCUCUCUGGCAGAGUUUAAUCCACUUCUCAUUGUAUCACCAAAGUGACUAUGCCAACAGAGCUGCAGGGGAGAAUAUAGUCUUUCUCUCCCCAGUCUGCUCAAACUCCUAUUAAUGUUAUCAAUAGAUAUCACUUGAUUUGUAGCAACGUUUCUAAAAGAUGCUUCUGCCUUAGCUAAUACAAGCGGUCUAUUUUGUUCUGUGCGAUCCCUUCUUGUUAAGAUGUUUCUCAAUGUUCCAUAAUGACAGAUCCCCAACCUGAUAGAGCUGGAGAGACGAGCUUUAGUAUAAAGCUAUCCACUCCCUCCAUCACAGCCUUAUCCAGUCAGCUAUUCAGGAUACCCAUCGAGUGCUGUUGAAACCACACCUGACAAUAGCCUAUAGGUUUUGGGCAUCUUGUUUUGUGCAGCUCUCUGCUUUAGCUAGGUGUCCAGUUUGCCUUCUUAAUUUACCUCCAAAUGACCCUAAACCUUCUUAAUUUACCUUCAAAUGACCCUAAACCUUCUUAAUUUACAUUCAAAUGACCCUAAACCUUCUUAAUUUACCUCCAAAUGACCCUAAACCUUCUUAAUUUACCUCCAAAUGACCCUAAACCUUCUUAAUGUACCUCCAAAUGACCCUCAACCUUCCUAAUUUACCUUCAAAUGACCCUCAACCUUCUUAAUUUACCUCCAAAUGACCCUAAACCUUCUUAAUUUACCUUCAAAUGACCCUAACCCUUCUUAAUUUACCUCCAAAUGACCCUAAACCUUCUUAAUUUACCUCCAAAUGACCCUCAACCUUCCUAAUUUACCUUCAAAUGACCCUCAACCUUCUUAAUUUACCUCCAAAUGACCCUAAACCUUCUUAAUUUACCUUCAAAUGACCCUAACCCUUCUUAAUUUACCUCCAAAUGACCCUAAACCUUCUUAAUUUACCUCCAAAUGACCCUCAACCUUCUUAAUUUACCUCCAAAUGACCCUCAACCUUCUUAAUUUACCUCCAAAUGACCCUCAACCUUCUUAAUUUACCUCCAAAUGACCCUGAACCUUCUUAAUUUACCUUUAAAUGACCCUGAACCUUCUUAAUUUACCUCCAAAUGGACAUUAGCCUAAUCCAAUUAUGCAAGGGCCAAAUCAACGGGGUUGUGGGCAGACAUUUUAAAAUAAAUGAAUCGAUUGGUUGGAUGAAUGUUGUGAGUUUUUAUGAUUAAUGCUGACAAGAAUGAUGGAACGACAGAAAUAUCAGAUUGUUGGUUCCGGUUAUUUAUGCAAAUGACAUUUUAUGUGCCUUAUUGUAUGAUAUUUGAUUUUUUAAUUUUAUCUACCUUUUUUAAAAUCUAGAUGUAUAUGCAUUAGAUCCCAAAAUGAUUGUAUUAGAAAUAUGUUGUGUGUGUGUGUGUGUGUACUAGUCUCUGGGAGUAACUCAACAUUACAUCCUCUCAGAAGAAUCAAAGCUUUUUUCAGAAGGUGCCAUGAAAAAAACCUUUUGACUUGACACGAUGUUUCCUCCCUUUGGGGCCGACGCGGAACCGCCGCGGAACCGGAUGUAGCUCUAGAGCUCACAUCAGAGAGGUGGUGUGGGUGUUGUGGUGUGAACUUGUGUUCACAGCCUUCAGCGUUUGCUACUAGAAUGUGAUUUAUGCUACAGCCUAUAUGAUGCUGGUAAAAGAGCGGUGGAGUUUACAGGCUAUGUGAUAAAACUGACAACGGCAGCAGGAAGUAGGGCUCAGAUUCCAGUAACUGUACGUUAUUUAGGCUUGUCUUUUUUAUUUUUGCAUCUUUUUAUUAAAUGAAUGAACCCAUGGGUAGUUUUUAUAGUCUGGAAAGGGUAUCAUACUGAAAAUGUACAGGGCCAAACCUUCUGAAGAUAUAUAUAAGUGUGCAUCACAAAUGGCACACUACUCCCUUUUUCUAGUGCAUUACAUAAGUAAUCAGGGUGUCAUUUGGGACUUACAGUGUAUGAAAGCCUAAACCAAGAGGGCAAUAAAACCUUAUUCCUUUAUUUUAUAAAAACAUUUAUUUUUAAAUCAAUUUAUUCAGGUGAUCAGCUGUUAGUUUGAAUGUACACCUAACCAAACCAGUCAUGGGUCUGCUCUUCUAGGUAAGGAGAGAGAUGCAAAUGGUUAUUUAUCUCUCAAGUUGCAGAGGGAGUUUGCUUCAUUCUGUCAAGAGAAGUGAGGUGGAGGUCCUUCAGGGCUUCGUGGAAACAGAUGUGUUAGUUUGACAGAUCACUGUGCUGUGUAGAGGAUUGAAUGAAAGUGUGUGUCUGUCAGUGGAAAUCCUGUUACCGUGUCCUGAUUUCACUCUCUGAACAUGCUGUUAAACAUCACACACCUGGGGCCUUUCCGUCUUACAGCUGUGUGGUGUGUGUGUGUGUGUGUGUGUGUUUCCCAAAUUCCAGGGGACCCCAAGGCGUGUGUAUUUUGGUUGUUGCCAUGGCACUACACAGUUGAUUCAAAUAAUCAAAGCUUGAUGAUUAGUUGGUUAUUUGAAUCAACUGUGUAGUGCCAUGGCAACACCCCCGGGGGGGGGGGGGGGGUACUCCAUUUAUUAUACACUGGGAACUUGUUUUAUCUGUAGAAUUUUUGUAAUUAUAUAUAAAAGUGUAUUUGUAUAAAUGAACUAACAAUGAGAUUAUUUUUUAACUAUGCUAAAUACAAUUCUUAUAGUGAAA